AGAAGGGGCAUGCUCGUUGCAACCCCGCUGCAGAUCUACGAGUUUUUCUGGUCUGUCAUUCUACACUGUAAUAUCAAAUCAUGUACAGUUGCGUUUUUCGUUGAAGUUGACAGAAUUAUUUCAGCGUCACUUAUUAUAAUUGAGUUUUUACUUAGAGAUCAUCAGUGUUUUUGACAGUGCAUCAGUGAAAUUUGUGUGAAACGUUUAAAUUCAAACCUAAUGUUCGCGUUUGAAUACACGUAUAAAACAAAUAUUCAAUUAAUAAACAAUAAGUGUUGUGGUUUAGUAAACUAGAAACCAUGCCGUUCACAACUGACAAUGUCGCUCAACAAAUACAGGAGAGACUAAAACAUAUACACUCAUUAGUUCAUGAAAUUGAAGAUGCUCGAAAGCAUUCUGAAUAUAGUCUGGAAAAUAUAGAAAGAAUUCAAGAAGAAAUCAAUGUCGAAGAAGAAUUAAACACUGUCGAUCAAAGAAAGUUAAAGUUUAUUUAUACUAGAGCAGUGGAUGAUGCUAAACAAGAAGAAGAAUUGUUGAGAGAUGCAUUGGAUAAAAUUGAGGAAAUCAGAUCGAUUAUUAAUCAAAGAAGAUUACAAGCUCGAAACGCUGGGAACAAAGAAGCUAUUAGACGUGGAACUUUAAUGAAAAUGCUACAAGUUACUGCUCAAACAUUACCGCUUUACAUAAGUAAGGUACCCGGUGAAGAGCCACCACCUCUGUGUGGAGCUAUCCCAGCAAAAUCAUCUCACGUAGCCAAGAUGGGUGACAUGGUAGCUGCAUUUGUCAAAAACUCAGAGGAGGAAGAAAAUUGGAUUCUGGCCGAAGUGAUCAGUUAUAAUCAUACCACAAACAAAUAUGAGAUCGACGACGUGGAUGAAGAGGAAAAACAAAAAUAUACAGUAUCGAGACGACGUGUUAUACCUUUACCUCUUAUGAGGGCAAAUCCUGAAACAGAUUCGCAUGCUUUGUUUUCGACUGGUUUGACAGUUAUGGCUUUGUAUCCACAAACUACAUGCUUCUAUAAAGCCAAAAUUCAUUCCGAGCCCGCGACAGCACAGGAAGAUUAUGAGGUAUUGUUUGAAGAUGAAACUAAUGCUGACGGAUACUCAGCACCUCUGAAAGUACCUCAACGUUAUAUUAUUUCGAAUAAAGAAGGAAAGAAGAGAAAUAAACGAAGUCGUUGCUGAAAUUCUGUGGUGAAAAUUAUAGUUGAAUGCCGUAUUCUUAUUUAAAAGGUUUUUUGAAAUAAUAUACAUAACUAUAUAACUUUUCAUUUUAUACAUUUUUUGUUUGUUUUUUGUUCAUGAUAUAUUUGAUGAACUUAGCUUAAUUAUUUAUUGCUAAUUUGUACUUAUUGUUUGACUGUGCCUAUAUGAUUUCAUAUUACUUAAUGAUGUUUUAUUUUUUAAAGAAUUUGGUUUGAAAUAGAUUUAAAAUUGUGAAAGUAGGUCAAAUGUGAAUUUUUAAAAUAAAGUAGUUGAAAGUACGUGAUGUA